AGCUGUCCCCGGCGCUCCGCAGCUGCACCGCCACGUUCCGGGCUUUCUGCGCCCCCACGGCGGGAGCUGCGGCGGGCGGUGAUCCGAACUCUCCCGUAUUCCACUUCCGAGGAGCCCCCGGGCACUGAGGGGCUGCCGGCUGGGAUUUUAGUGGAGACCGUGAUCUGUCGCGAUGAGUUUUCUGCUGCCCAAACUGACCUGUAAGAGGGAAGUGGAUCAGGCAAUAAAAAGCGUCGCUGAGAAGGUUUUGGUUCUCCGUUUUGGAAGAGAUAAUGAUGCUGUUUGUCUGCAACUCGAUGAUAUUCUUGCAAAAACAGCUCAUGACCUAAGUAAAAUGGCAGUCAUUUACCUGGUGGAUGUGAACGAUGUCCCAGUGUACACCCAGUAUUUUGACAUCAGUUAUAUCCCAUCUACUGUAUUUUUCUUCAAUGGACAGCACAUGAAGGUUGAUUAUGGGUCUCCAGAUCACACGAAAUUUGUGGGAAGCUUCAAAACAAAGCAAGACUUUAUAGAUUUGAUUGAAGUGAUCUACCGUGGAGCAAUGCGGGGAAAGCUCAUUGUGAGAAGUCCUAUUGAUCCCAAUAACAUUCCUAAAUAUGACCUUCUCUACCAAGGAAUUUAAUGGGCUGACCUGAGAAAAUAAUUACACAAAUGGACAAUGUUGUUGAUCCCUUUUUCCUUUGAGCAUUUUUGGCCUCCUCUGACAUUGUGGGACAGUUUGAGCAUUUAUCCUGAAGGAUCAUAUUGGUCUCCUUCUGAAGACAGAUAUUCUGUCACCUCAUGCUUCUCUCAUAAAUAGAGCUACGUAUUCAUGCACAGAGUUCACAAAAGUGGCUGUUCUUUGAGUUGUGUGCUGACCAGCCCUUUCAAAACAGGCAGGCUGAGUGCAUCCUCAGGUGUGGCCUCUCCAGUGCAACCUUCUUCAGAGAACUGAGGCAUGCUGGUAUUUGUGUGUUUAGUACCAUUUUCAUUCAGAUGUAAUAACAGCAAACCUGACAUUAAUAAAAAAAGCUGUGGUUGCUUUCAAGAA